GAAAAUUCCGAUGGCUAGACCUAAAUAAUUUGCCCAAUAUUCGUUCUAUUUCACUAACUGCAAAACGAGGAAAUGCUUGGAAAGUAAAAUUAAGAUAUCCAGAUAAGCUCCAUCCAACACAUACUGAGUAUUCACUCUGUCCAGAACGUCGAAUAGUCAAGCGUCAAGAGCUUGGCCCUCAUUAA